AAGCUGUGGUGUUGAAUAUGAGGUCAUUCUUAAAGCCAAAUGUCGAGAGGCUGGAUUGUCUUUUAUAGAUGAAAGCCAGAUGAGAGAAGAAGGUUAUGACAAGACCCCAGACAUUAGACUUAAAGUUCCAAUUAUGAUUAACAAGAGAGUUGUCAACUGGAUUGAGAGUAAAGCGUCCUUUGGGGACCCUAUCAACCACCAGCAGUACAUGAUUGAUCAGUAUCUGCCAUAUAAAAAUAG